AACAUUUGGAACCUACGAUCCAUCUGAUUGGUAGGCAGAAACAAUUGACAUGUUUUUAGCAAAACCAAAAGAAAAAAAAAGCACAAAGCAAGAAGAAGAAGAAACAAAACGAGGAAUAGGAUACGGUUUUUGAAUUGUCUCUCCUCUCCUCUCCGGCAGCCUCUCCUGUGUCUCUCUCCUCCCUGAGACUGUCGGGAUCUCGAUCUCACAUUUUGAUUUUGAUUUUGAUUAUAUUAAUUUGUAAUAAUCCAGAUCCCAUAUUCUCCAUCGAUAAUGGGCGCGUACAGAGCGGACGACGAUUACGAUUACCUGUUCAAGGUGGUCCUGAUCGGCGACUCCGGCGUGGGAAAGUCGAAUCUGCUGUCCCGUUUCACCCGAAACGAAUUCAGCCUGGAGACGAAAUCGACGAUCGGCGUGGAGUUCGCGACGCGGAGCAUUCGCGUGGACGACAAGAUCGUGAAGGCCCAGAUUUGGGACACGGCGGGGCAAGAAAGGUACAGGGCCAUAACGAGCGCUUACUACAGGGGGGCGGUGGGGGCGCUGAUAGUGUACGACGUGACGCGGCACGUGACGUUCGAGAACGUGGAGAGGUGGCUGAAGGAGCUGCGGGGGCACACGGAUCAGAACAUAGUGAUAAUGCUGGUGGGGAACAAGGCGGACUUGCGGCACCUGAGGGCGGUGUCGACGGAGGACGCGCAGGCAUUUGCGGAGAGGGAGAGGACGUAUUUCAUGGAAACCUCGGCGCUGGAAUCCUUCAACGUCGAGAAUUCCUUCACGGAAGUGCUCACGCAGACCUACCGAGUGGUGAGCAGGAAGAUUCUGGACAUCGGAGAAGACCCCACCGUCCUCCCCAAGGGACACACCAUUGACAUCGGAUCCAAGGACGAUGUCUCCGCCGUCAAGAAGGCCGGUUGCUGUUCUUCAUAACUACUACUAAUCCUAUCCACACCCACCAUCGCCAUCGCCUCUCUCAAAUUUCAUUUCACACUUUUUCUUUUCUUUUCUUUUGUGUCGUUGCGCUUUCCUUUUCUUUUUUUUGCUUGUUGGGGAAAUUUAUUGAUGUUCCUUGGAGUGGCAUGCCCGUGCAAUUCUUCUAGUGCUCUUUUUACUAGGUAGGCUGUACCUAUAUAUCAAUUUUAUCAAAUCCUUAGAACAACAAAAUCAAAAUGGGAGGAAAUGGAAAUGUACCAAUA